UGCUAUAUUUUGACAAUAUAGGAAGGCUUUACUAAUUUGUAUCCGUUUGGUGGUUGAACCUGUCACCAACGGAGACUGAUAAUGUAAAAUGCCUUUUCUUUAAGUGAGGAAUAUUUCCUAUUUUGCGGAGAAAUGUUCAGUAGGUCCAGUUACGAGCUGCUCCCACAGAAGGACCUCCGCUCCCAGAGGACUCCUGGUUUGUUUGUGGACUCUCACAAAGGACUUUCAUUUGACUACAUCCCAAAUGUUUCUGCGAACGACUUCACUGAUACAACCCAAGGAUGGCUGUCUUGGAUUUGCAACCUUGUCGUCAUCUUCCAUGUUUACAUCCUCACUUUCAUUUUGUUCCCGAUAACAGGAUGGUUUGUACUGAAGACGGUGCCGAACUACCAGAGGAUUGUAGUGUUUCGCCUGGGUCGAGUUUGCCCUCCCAAGGGUCCAGGUGUGGUUCUUGUGCUGCCCCUCAUUGAUCAGUGGCAGAAAGUGGACCUGCGCACUCGAGCUUUUAACAUCCCUCCUUCCCAGGUGAACACUCGGGACGGUGGGGUGCUGUUGGUGGGAGCUGACAUCCAGUUCAGGAUCUGGAACCCGGUCAUGUCAGUGGUGUCAGUUCAGGACCUGAAUGCUUCCACAAGGAUGACGGCACUAAACCUUCUGACCCACAGCCUGUCCAAGAAGACCGCCAGGGAGAUCCAGACUGAGAGAGUGAAACUGGGGGAAUAUCUUGGGAUGGACAUAAAUGAAAUGACUCGCCCGUGGGGGCUUGAGGUUGAUAGGGUAGAACUUACCUUUGGUUCUCUAAUAAAAGCACCAGAGGAAAGCCCKGCUCCCAACUAUGUCGCACCUCCAUCUGUACCUGGACUCGAAGGCCUCACUGGCUCCAUUCAGCAUCUGGCCAUGCACUUCCUGAGUCAGGGUGGCAGCUCACAGCUUCACCAGAACGACAGCGUAACGUUUACAGACGAGCUCAGCAGUGACCCCGAGGCGGUCAGCACCACACCAGGYUCUGUCGAGGAUCUGCUCAGCGAUGUUCAGACUGUACUCUCCGAGGCUUUGGUCCAGCAGAUCAGGGCUUAUUUCCAGUUUGAAAUCAGCGCCGCAGACGGACAACAGCACAAAUACUACCUGGAUUUAAGUCAAGGUCGGGGUGCGGUCGGAUCAGGGUCCUUGUGUCGAGAUCCAGAUGUGACUCUGAGCAUGACCGACGGCGACCUGGUGGCCAUGUUCCAGGGGGCGCUGAGGCCGUUUUCUGCUUACACCAGUGGUAGACUGAAAGUCCAGGGGGACAUGAAGGCAGCCAUGAAACUGGAAGAACUCGUAAAACUGCUUAAAAAGCAACAUUCAUAACAAACAGGCUUUUAUUUAAAGCUUUAAUUUUAACUGUGAAUUCUGAGUUUUUGUUUGUUCAGAUUAAAUUUGAAAAAGCUGAA